AUGGGGCCCCCGGGCAAUAGGGGAUCAUGGGGCCCCUGUGUCCUUGCCCAAACUCAAAAAAGCCUAUGAAAAAGGAUUAGUAUUUUUGUCCCUCCAGUACCGAGAUUCCCACAGCCCUGCAACACAGUACAACCAACUGCAUGAUACCGCUUAAAACGGAAAUGACACUAAGUGCCCGGCAGGGGUGGACUGACAACUCAUGGGGCCCCCGGGCAAUAGGAGAUCAUGGGGCCCCUGUGUCCUUGCCCAAACUCAAAAAAGACUAUGAAAAAGGUACCAGGGGCAUCUCAUGGGGCCCCCUACUGACCCCGGGCCCUCAGGCAGUGCCCGAGUUUCCAAAUGGUCAGUCCGCCCCU